ACCCUAAAAUCAGUUAAUCCACUGAGCUCUCACUUGGUCACACCCAUCACCCAUGUUACUGAACCGUGACGCUUCGCACUCGAUUCUCUCCUCAUAAACGUUCUCUCUCUAUCUCUCUCUCUCUCUGAGUCUCAGUUCAAGGCCGUUCAAGAAAUCCCAGAUCCAUUGCCGUGCAAUCUGUCGCUCUCAAGCUUCAGCUCUGCUCACUGACACUCAAGUCUUUAUUGAAAACCAUGAACCAAUCUGGGAUCUAAAAGAACGUCUUUUCUCGAAUUGGAUAUUUCGGAGGAGGCUCUGUGAUCUCACCCAUUUCCAUAUCGAUCCCUUGCAUCAAUCCUCACCGCUUAUGAGGGUGAAUCUCAAGAGAUGGUGAGGCAGGGUUUCAAGGAAUGGAUUUAUGAUGAUUAUAGAUAUAUUCCACCAGAGCUUUGGAUGAUCUCUUCCACUUCUCACUUGAAGACUAAAUUUGACAACCACAUACAUGCACAAAAGAAAACUUUUACAUAUUCGAGUUUGAUUAAAGUGCAAUGAAAUCAAAGAUAAAAUGGGCGGCACUAGGUGGGCUGGUGCUAUCAUUUGUUUCCUUGCUGGUUCAUUUAUUUUUAGCCAAAUCUAGUGCUGAUCUUGUACAGUACACUGCUUUCACUGUUUUUACGGAUGAGCUAACUCCUAAUCUUCCAAUUAAAAAGGGUGCUGCAUAUCGGAGGUUGUGGGGAAAUGUCAAGUCUUUGGAGUCACUGCAACAUUUUGCAGAUCCAAGAAGUACAUAUCCAGUUCCAGUAGAGAACAAUGGCUUCAUUUAUGCCAAGAUUUUUGGUUCUUUCGAGAAGAUUAGGAACUCGAUCUGUGACCUGGUCACUGUUGCAAGACUUCUAAAUGCUACCCUUGUCAUUCCAGAGGUCCAACAAAGUACCCAGUCGAAAGGCAUCAGUUCAAAAUUUAGGAGUUUUUCAUAUCUUUAUGAUGAGGAAAAGUUCAUAGCAAGCUUGGCAAAUGAUGUGAUCAUAGUGAAGGAGCUACCACCAACCUUGAAGAAUGCAAGGAGAAGAAAAGAGUUGGCAACUUUUAAGCCCAGGAUUACAACUUCUCCUACCUUUUAUAUUUCUGAAGUUCUACCAAAGUUGAAGAAAGCAAAUGUCAUUGGGUUAAUUUUGUCGGAUGGAGGAUGCCUGCAGUCCAUCCUUCCACCUAGCUUGGCUGAGUAUCAAAGGCUUAGAUGUCGUGUGGCAUUUCAUGCACUUCAAUUCCGCACUGAAAUCCUAUCUCUUGGCAGGCUGAUGGUGGAAAGGUUGCAAGCUGCAGGCCAACCUUACCUUGCUUAUCAUACAGGGCUUACGAGAGACAACCUAGCAUAUAAUGGUUGUGCUGAACUUUUUCAGGAUGUCCACACAGAGCUCAUACAAUCUAGGCGAGCACAAAUGAUUAAAGAAGGUAGCAUUCGUGAUGAGCUGAGUGUGGAUUCUCAUGCUCGAAGAAGAAAUGGCUCAUGCCCACUUAUGCCUGAAGAGGUAGGACUACUUCUUCGUGCAAUGGGUUACCCUCCUAGAACAAGAAUAUACCUGGCAGGUUCUGAAUCCUUUGGUGGUCAGCGGAUUUUAAUUCCUUUACGUGGCAUGUACCCCAACUUAGUGGAUCGGACUUCAUUGUGCAGCAGAACUGAGCUGGCCAAUUUAAUUGGCCCAGAAACCUCGCUUCCUCCAGAUCCCAUCCUGCUCCUGCCUGUGAAAAGUGAGAAGCAACUCAAAGAAGAAUGGGACAAGGCUGGGCCUCGACCGAGGCCUCUUCCUCCUCCUCCUGAUCGACCUAUAUAUCGCCAUGAAAAGGAAGGCUGGUAUGGUUGGAUUGCCGAAAAGGAUUCUGAGCCAGACCCUUCACCUCAUGAUUUAAGGGAACAGGCUCACCGCUUACUGUGGGAUGCUCUCGAUUACAUUGUUUCAGUGGAAGCUGAUGCGUUCUUCCCAGGUUUUGAUAAUGAUGGUUACGGAUGGCCUGAUUUUUCCAGUUUGGUGAUGGGAAACCGGCUUUAUAUGAUGGCAUCUUCUAGAACAUUCCGUCCUGACAGGAAAUAUCUUGUAGAGAUGUUUAAUACUACCAGUGAGCGUCUGUACUAUCCACCACGGAACUGGACUCUCACUGUAAGAGAACAUCUCAAUAGAAGCAUCACUGAAGAGGGGCUUAUAAAGAAAUCUAAACGGAUGAAACCCAAGUUGUUCCUCUCUCACCCUAUACCAGAAUGUUCUUGUUCAACCGUGAAGUCUACUGAGAUUCCGAGUUCUGAAAAGAAGAGCAGUCUCCAAUUGUUGUAUGAAGGACAAGAGCAAUGCCCCAGAGAGAUAGUGCAAAGUGUAAAGUUUGAGGAGAUUGAUGCUGACGAGGUUGACUCUCACGAAGACGAAAUGGAAAUGGAGGGACAGCCAGACUCUGAUGGAAACAGUGGACCUGAUGCAAUCCCGUCCUUGGAACAGGACGAGGAAAUGGAUCCCGAUGAUUGAUUUCAGCACCCAAGUUAUGAACCUCCAUUCCAGUUCAAUUACAGAUGUCUGCUGAUGCAACAAUGAACAAUCUUCAGUUGCAUGCUAAUCUGCUGAUAACAUUUGCACAGUUUCUGGAUUUUGUCUGAAAAAUUGCAGAAUCUCUCACAGCUAGCUAGCUCUUCAUUCUUUUCACAGGUUUGCGGCCAGGUAGCGAUUCUUUUAUUGAGAGUCAGAAAAAGGAAAUGGCAUUUUUUAAACUUCACAGGAAAUAUGAAAGAUGUAUACUUCUUUUUUCCCUUUUCUCCCUCCUCUGGUUUUGUUGGUUUAGACUGAAACAUGAGUUCUAUAUCAUUGUAAGUAAGACCUACAGAGAAAAUGAACCGUUUACUAAGCAUAGGUAUUCUUGAUUUGUCAUCUUUGAAAUUUCAUUGUCUUGUAUGAGUUGGUAUAGACCUGAAAUUUUAUUGGUUGUCAAAACCUUGCACAGCACAUUCAUAAUAAGAUCAAACAAUUUCAGGCC